CAGUCGAGCAGCCGGAAGCGGCCUCUCUUUCCCGGAACCCCACUGCCUUGUGGGACCGUUGCUGGUUCCUCCAGCCUGGGCAGGUUUUCCGGACUCUUCCGCUCCACCUCUCUCCUCGGGUACGGAAGCUGAGAGGGUGUGAGGACUGCCAUGGCGGCGCACCUCAAGAAGCGGGUGUACGAGGAAUUCACUAAGGUGGUUCAGCAACAGCAGGAGGAAAUUGCUACUAAGAAACUCCGACUGACAAAACCAAGUAAAUCUGCAGCACUCCACAUAGAUCUGUGUAAGGCUACCUCCCCAGCAGAUGCUUUGCAGUACCUACUUCAGUUUGCCAGGAAGCCUGUGGAGGCAGAAAGUGUGGAGGGAGUAGUCAGGAUUCUCUUGGAACAUUAUUACAAGGAGAAUGAUCCAUCUGUGAGACUGAAAAUUGCAUCAUUGUUGGGUUUACUGUCAAAGACUGCAGGAUUUUCACCAGACUGCAUUAUGGAUGAUGCCAUUAACAUCCUGCAGAAUGAAAAGUCUCAUCAAGUCCUAGCUCAGCUGUUGGACACUUUGCUUGCAAUUGGCACUAAACUCCCAGACAAUCAAGCUAUCCAGAUGCGAUUAGUUGAUGUAGCCUGCAAGCACCUGACAGAUACCUCGCAUGGUGUAAGAAAUAAGUGCCUGCAAUUACUUGGCAAUCUGGGUUCUUUGGAGAAAAGUGUCACAAAAGAUGCAGAAGGCCUAGCUGUCAGAGACGUCCAGAAGAUUAUAGGGGAUUACUUCAGUGACCAGGAUCCACGUGUCAGAACAGCAGCUAUAAAAGCCAUGUUGCAGCUCCAUGAAAGAGGACUGAAAUUAUACCAAACAAUUUAUUCUCAGGCUUGUAAAUUGCUCUCUGAUGACUAUGAACAAGUGCGCAGUGCUGCAGUCCAGCUUAUCUGGGUUGUCAGUCAGCUCUAUCCUGAAAGCAUUGUCCCAAUCCCUUCUUCUAAUGAAGAAAUUCGCUUAGUUGAUGAUGCGUUUGGAAAAAUCUGUCACAUGGUCAGUGAUGGCUCCUGGGUGGUUCGAGUUCAAGCUGCAAAGCUAUUGGGCUCUAUGGAGCAAGUCAGUUCUCAUUUCUUGGAACAGACACUUGACAAGAAGCUGAUGUCAGAUCUGAGGAGGAAACGCACUGCACAUGAACGUGCCAAGGAACUUUACACUUCGGGAGAGUUUUCCAGCGGCAGGAAGUGGGGAGAUGAUGCUCCCAAGGAAGAAGUAGAUACGGGGGCUGUGAACUUGAUUGAGUCAGGAGCUUGUGGAGCCUUUGUUCAUGGAUUGGAAGAUGAGAUGUAUGAGGUCCGCAUUGCUGCUGUAGAGGCGCUCUGCAUGCUGGCCCAGUCUUCACCUUCUUUUGCUGAGAAGUGCCUUGAUUUCCUGGUUGACAUGUUUAAUGAUGAAAUUGAGGAGGUACGUCUACAGUCCAUACAUACCAUGAGAAAAAUCUCUAACAAUAUCACCCUUCGAGAGGAUCAGCUUGACACUGUCCUUGCUGUGUUAGAGGAUUCAUCCAGAGAUAUUAGAGAGGCUCUUCAUGAACUCUUAUGCUGCACUAAUGUUUCAACCAAAGAAGGGAUUCAUCUUGCACUGGUGGAGCUGCUGAAAAAUUUAACCAAGUACCCUACUGAUAGGGACUCCAUAUGGAAAUGCUUGAAGUUUCUGGGAAGUCGGCAUCCAACCCUGGUGCUUCCCUUGGUGCCUGAGCUCCUGAGCACCCACCCGUUUUUUGACACAGCUGAACCAGACAUGGAUGAUCCAGCCUACAUUGCAGUUUUGGUUCUUAUUUUCAAUGCUGCUAAAACCUGUCCAACAAUGCCUGCAUUGUUCUCAGAUCAUACCUUCAGACACUAUGCCUACCUCCGAGACAGUCUUUCUCAUCUUGUUCCUGCCUUGAGGUUACCAGGUAGAAAACUAGUGUCAUCAGCUCUUUCUCCCAAUAUCAUGCCUCAUGAGGAUCCUUCCCAUCAGUUCCUGCAGCAGAGCCUUGAAAGGGUAUACAGUCUUCAACACCUGGACCCUCAAGGAACUCAGGAGCUGUUAGAGUUCACCAUCAGGGAUCUGCAAAGACUUGGAGAACUUCAGUCUGAAUUGGCAGGAGUAGCUGACUUCUCUGCUACCUAUCUUAGGUGUCAACUUCUUCUCAUCAAGGCCUUGCAGGAAAAGCUGUGGAAUGUGGCUGCCCCUUUGUAUGUGAAGCAGAGUGAUUUGGCCUCAGCAGCAGCAAAACAGAUCAUGGAAGAAACCUACAAAAUGGAGUUCAUGUAUAGUGGCGUGGAGAACAAGCAGGUGGUGAUUAUCCAUCACAUGAGGCUGCAGGCCAAAGCCUUGCAACUUAUAGUAACAGCACGGACUGCUCGAGGAGUUGACCCCUUAUUUGGGAUGUGUGAAAAAUUUUUACAGGAAGUGGACUUUUUUCAGAGGUGUUUCAUCGCUGAUUUGCCCCACCUGCAGGACAGCUUUGUGGACAAACUUCUUGACCUCAUGCCCCGACUCAUGACAUCCAAACCUGCAGAAGUGGUCAAAAUUCUACAUACCAUGCUGCGGCAGAGUACCUUCCUACACCUCCCCCUUCCAGAGCAGAUCCACAAAGCCUCAGCCACCAUUAUUGAGCCAGCGGGCGAGUCAGACAACCCUUUGCGGUUUACAUCUGGGUUGGUGGUGGCCCUGGAUGUCGAUGCAACCCUGGAACAUGUGCAGGAUCCUCAGAGCACUGUGAAGGUCCAGGUCUCAUAUCCAGAUGGCCAAGCUCAGAUGAUCCACCCUAAGCCGGCAGACUUUCGGAAUCCCGGCCCAGGGCGGCACCGGCUUAUCACUCAGGUGUACCUCUCCCACACUGCCUGGACAGAACCGUGCCAGGUGGAAGUGAGACUGCUGCUGGCCUACAACUCCAGUUCACGCAUUCCAAAAUCCCCCUGGAUUGAGGGUGGUGAGAUGUCAUCCCAGGUGGAAACCAGCAUCGAGGGCACCAUCCCCUUCAGCAAGUCUGUAAAAGUUUACAUAAUGCCCAAACCCGCAAGGCGCUGAGUCACAAGUAGUCUUUACAGCCGUGGCCUAAAAGGCCCUUCUUGGGAUCAGAGUGAGCCAGAAGCUUGGAGCCUUUCACCUGGACAUGGUAUAUAGGCAUAAGGAAGAACAUGUGACCCUUAUAGUCUCAUCUGGUAUCGAACAUUGGAUAAAUUAUUUUGCAUUAAGAAAACAAAAACCUUCAAGUCUAUCCCAUCCCCCACCCCCUACCUCCCUAGCCUUGCCCCCAGUAAAGUUGAGACACCAAGCUGUUCUAGAAAUCUGUGUAGCUAUAGGUUCAACAUUUAUACGGCAGGCCUACAUUCUUCAGGUGUGAAACAAAAAGAUCCAAUUUUCUAGCCCCUUCCAAAGAACCAGUUAUUGGAGCCAUAAUCUUAUUUCUUAAAGCAAUAGUCUGUUUGCCAGGGCCAACUCCAAAGCAGCUUUCACAGCUGUACUUUUUCACCACCGGCAGUUCCUGAAGGGCCCUAGACUUUCGUUAUCUUGCUGAGAGUCUCCUUCCUUAACUCAGGCAAUAGCUGGCCAAGGACUGAAUGAACAGCUGAAGAAUGAAUCACUUUCAUCCCUCAGGGAAAUUCUUGAUCUUGCCUGCCAUUAUCCUUAGAACAAAAAUCUGAGAGAAGGGCCAUAUUUUACAAAAGAAACCAGGAUUAUGGGAAAGAGGGACUCAGUGUAAGAAACAAAGUCAUUUCCCACUACUUCUCUGAUGACUCCAGUGCUGGAGCUGCAUGUGAGCUGAAGGUGCAGCGGGGGUUUAAGAACAGUAAAGCCUCCAGAGAUGUGAACCACGUGAGGGCCUGUGCUAUGUUCUUUACCUGUCAUUUUAUCCUUGCAACAGCCAAGUGAGACUAAGAGGUUAAGUCACUGGUAGGAAAACUGUAAUAACGCCUUUACUCAUUCAAAUCCAAGAUGAUUCCAAAGGCCUGAGCUAUACCAUAUGGAAAAGAACCUUCAGAUUUUCUCUCUGUGCCUCAGUUUUUUCAUCUGUAAAACAGAGGUAAUUAUACCUUAAGGGUUGUUGAAUGGGUUUAAUUAAAUAAUGCUUGGCAAAUCUGAAUCUUUGGCCAGUCUUGAUCAUAUUUGGUACUUGGAAAGCUUAAUAAAAAAAUAACAAGAGCAUACAAUUACUCAGAGGCAGAGCUGGAAUUUGAAUUCAAGCAUGUUUGACUUUUGGUUUAAUAUACCUAAUGUGUGCCCAGCAGUGUUGUAAGCCCUUUACAUGAAUUAACUCAUUUAAUCCUCAAAACUACCCUAUGAAGUAGGUACUGUAACAUUUAUUCUAUAAACAAGGCAGUUGAAGUUCAGAGAAUUUAAAGAAACCAGGAUUAUGAGAAAGAGGGAUCCACUCUAAGAAAUAAUAUUGUGAACUACAUCUCUGAUGACUGCAGUGUUGGAGCUGCCUAGUUGGCCUAGGACACACCACUAGUAAAUGACAGAGCUGGGAUUUGAACCCAGGCAGUCUGGCUCUGGGAGGUUAUAACUGCUGUAGAGGGACUAAGGGAAGAAGAUCACCUCCAUGGGAUUUACUUUUCUAGUGUGCUCGCCUGUUUAGUACAUCUCAGUGAUGUGCCAUCAGUGGGCUCUCAUGUGUCAACAGAUGCCCUAAAGAAAAUAGCCUGCCUUGGAGAUAAAAUGAAGCUUAAAGCUAGGCUGAAUCAUACCAUGGCCCUGACACAAAGCACCUAAUGAUGAUUACUGAGUUGAAGCACAGAUGAAAACAUCAAGACCCAUCGCUGCUAACUGAGCCUUUGAUGCCAUAGCUAUAGAAAGCCUUCCAAGGGAAGAAUAUGCUGAAUCCUUUUCAGAUACACUACUCCUUUUAUAAAAAUCCUUCUGGGUCAUUCCCCAUUUUACAGGUGGGGAAACGGAGACUUAGAGGUAAUGUCUUUCUCCUAAGGGGCAAGGGUGGGAUUUGAUCCUAGGUCUUAAAACCCAAAAUAGUACUUUUCCCACCAAAGGUGGAGAAACACGAAGGGGCAAAAUUUACCUUAGUAUCAGGAUGAGUUUUUAAGAAUUGAAUGGGCUGCUUUAGGAGCAGCCUUAUUCUUACACUAAUGAGCGUAAGAAUUGAAUGGGCUGCAUUAGGAGAUAAGGAGUUUUCCAUGCUGGAUGUGUUCAAGCAGAGGUUGAACAAGCUCCUGACAAGUUUGUUGUAAAGGAAUUCAAGUAUCAUAUGAGCGGUUGGGCUUAACCUUUUAAAUUCCUUUUACUCUGAAUUCUCUGUGAAUUAUGAGAAUCUUGAUUUUUCUGACAGAAACCUGGAAGGGAGCAUAAAGAUGGCUCCAGUGUGGCACCCUCAUUUAUAAGUGAAUGUGCAAGCCCAGAAAGACUGAGUUAGUAGAAGCAAGUCUGGAACCCAGGCCUCUCAGUCUAAUACGGUUUUCAUGACAGGGAUCUGUUGUUCUGCCUUUUCAGUGGCCAACUAUGUACCUUGUCAAAGCCAGAAACUGUGUCACAUUGGACUCUAUCUUUACGCCUCAUAUAAAACCAGCCAUCAAGUCCUUUAGAUUCUGCUUCCUUAAAUGUUUCAAUCCUCUUCUUGACUUGGUGGUUCUGUCUUGAUGCAGCCUCAUCAUCACUCCUAAGGUAUGGGAUUAGCUUCUUAAUGAGCUGCUUGCUUCAAAUCUUGCCCCCUUCAGUCUACUCUUCACACAGCUGCCAGAGUAAUCUUUCUAAAACCCGGAUCUGAUCACACCAUUCCCCUGCUUUAAACCCCUUUAAGUGGGUCACUUCUGGCCCCAGGAUAAAGUCUAAACUCCUCUCCUUGAAGGCUCUUUAUGCCCCUUGUGUCCUCUCCAGCCUCAUACUCCGUGUCCCAAACAUUCUCUACUUCUCCAGCUGUAGAGGAUUAUCUGUAGUUAUUCCCAAUACUUAAUCAUGCUCUCUCUUGCUUCACACCUUUGCACUUGCUGAGCCCUGGAAUGUGCUCUUCAGAUUGUCUCCUAUGGUUCUUUUCUUUGCAUUCUUCAGGACUGAGCCUCAUUCUGGAACCUAUCUGUGUCUCCUGUGGGCUUGGUGCGUUGCACAGCCUCCUAUACAUUCUUCAAGCAUGGUAUUUAUUGCAGGUUCACAAAUGCCAACCUCUGAAGCAGGUAGGCAGGGGAAAAAAAGGGGUCAAGUGGCUUUGUCAAUCUAAUAAAUGCAUCCUAGGUAAUUUUCAUGAAUGUAUUUUUCAAAAUUAUGAAAAAUAAUAAUCCUUGUACAAAUUAAAAAAGGGGGGGUUGUCAAGUGACCUGGAAGAAGAUAACAGAGACUUGAGGAAUCAGCACAUUCUCUGUCAGAAGAAGGCAGUUGCUAUUCAGCUCCACUCAGUUCAUAGGUAUGGGCCUGGUGAUGUCAGAUUUUCUGAUUCUUCCAGAAAAGCCAGAAACCUGCAUUUUCAUGUGAAAAAUAACCACGUUAAAAAUUUUGGUAACUAAAUAAAGUAAAUGUUAAAAUUACUCUGAGACAAACAAAA